AUAUUAGCAGAAUUAUGUAAUCUAAAGCAAGUCAUCCUAAAUUUAGACUUUGAUUUAACAAUAAAAAGUGAGGAAUUAUCAAACGUAUGCUUUCAAUGUAAAUAUUUUAAAGAAAUGAUUAAAGCACAGGAAAAAAACAAGAAAGAAACUAUUAAUAUACUAGAAAAGACGAUUAAAGAGCGAGACGAAGAA